AUGGGAUUUUCCAGGCAAGAGUACUGCAGUGGGGUGCCAUUACCUUCUCCGUCCAGUGUCGCAGCUAUGAAAAAAGUGGUUCAACAGCUCUGGCUGGAGGCCGGGCUCAAUCAGGUGACGGUUUCCCAGGCAGCUGCAGAUAUCAAACAGUUCUGUCUGCAGAAUGCUCAACAUGACCCUCUGAUGACUGGAGUAUCUUCAAGUACAAAUCCCUUCAGGCCCCAAAAAGUCUGUUCCUUUUUGUAA